UUUACCUUUAGUGAAAUAAAGCCUCUCUCCACCACUGCCUGGCUCCUGAGAAGACAACAGAGGCCUCAAGAUGAUGCUCACCAGCUUUUUGCCAGCUCCAACUCAGCUGUCUCCAGACCAGCUAAAGCUAGAAGAAAGAGCAAGACCUCAAAGACAUGGGCAGGCUGCUCUAGUAUCAUCACCAAGGGAACCUCCCCACUAUGGUUACCGGAAAGGAUGGAUACCACGGGUCCUAGAAGACUUUGGAGAUGGGGGUGCUUUUCCAGAAAUCCAUGUGGCCCAGUACCCAUUGGAUAUGGGACGGGAGAAGAAAAUGUCCAACGCUUUGUCUGUUCAGGUGGACGCAGAAGGGAAAAUAAAAUAUGACGCAGUCGCUCGACAGGGGCAAUCCAAGGACAAGGUCGUUUACAGCAGAUGUGCUGCCCUUGUGCCAAAAGAGGUCACGAGCCUGGAUGAUCCUGAACUGCAAAGACCAGAUGAGGAGGUGAUUAGAGAGAUAACAGAGAAGACAACAGCAGCCUUGGAGAAAUCGGUCUCCCAGAAAGUUGCAGCCGCCAUGCCAGUUCGAGCAGCCGUCAGACCAGCUCCUGCGCAGUACAUUCGGUACACACCAUCUCAGCAAGGCGCUGCCUUCAACUCCGGGGCAAAACAGAGACUCAUUUGCAUGGUGGAAAUGCAGAAGGACCCUCUGGAGCCCCCAAGGUUCAAAAUUAACAAGAAGAUUCCAUGGGGACCACCUUCUCCUCCAGUACCCAUAAUGCACUCCCCUAGUAGAAAGAUAACUGUGAAAGAGCAGCAAGAGUGGAAGAUUCCUCCAUGCAUUUCGAACUGGAAAAAUACAAAGGGUUACACUGUUCCACUAGAUAAGCGUCUGGCUGCAGAUGGCAGAGGGCUGCAGACUGUUCAUAUCAAUGAAAACUUUGCCAAGCUUGCUGAGGCUCUCUAUAUAGCUGACAGAAAGGCUUGUGAGGCAGUAGAGAUGCGUGCCCAGAUGGAGAGGAAGAUGGCUCAGAAAGAAAAGGAAAAACGUCAGGCAAAGCUCUGAGAAAUGGCUCAGAAAGCCAGGGAGAGGAGAGCAGGGAUCAAAAGCCAUGCUGAAAAAGAAGCCAGAGAAGCCAGAGAAAGAGAUGAAAUUAGACAUGACCAGCACAAAGAGAGGCAGCAUAACAGAAAUCUUUCCAGAGCAGCCCCUGACAAAAGGUCAAAGCUGCAGAGAAAUGAGAACAGAGACAUCAGUGAAGUUAUUGCCCUAGGGGUACCCAAGCCCAGGCCAUCUAAGGAAAUCCAGUAUGACCAGAGGCUGUUCAACCAAAGCAAGGGUUUGGACAGUGGCUUUGCUGGAGGAGAGGAUGAAAUUUAUAAUGUUUAUGACCAGCCUUGGAGACGUGGCAAGUCUAUGGCCAAAAACAUCUACAGACCAACUAAAAAUCUGGACAAGGACAUGUAUGGUGAUGAUCUAGAGGCUCGAAUAAAGAACAACAGUUUGUUUCUGAAAGAGAGUUUUCUAACUCAGAUCAUAAUAGGAGAGGGAGGGCCAGAGAUGGUCCAGUUCAACCUGAAGAGGAUCCAUUUGGUUUGGACAAGUUUCUGGAAGAAGCUAAGCAACAUGGUGAUUCUAAACAGCCAUCAGACAGCAGCUGUCCUAAAGAACAUGAGCAUGAGAGCAAAAAGAGGAGGAAGGACCGAAUGCCUCUGCUCCUUGAGAGGCAGAGAAAUGGACUACAAGCUUGGACUUGACACAGAAGUAUCUGAUAAAGGCUUUAAGGGAAAAAAACCCAGCAAAAGUCGCAGCGGCAGCACAGAAAACGACCCGAGCGGCAUCGGCAGCAGAGAAAGUGACCCGAGCGGCAUCGGCAGCAGAGAAAACGACCCGAGCGGCAUCGGCAGCAGAGAAAACGACCCGAGCGGCAUCGGCAGCAGAGAAAACGACCCGAGCGGCAUCGGCAGCAGAGAAAGUGACCCGAGAGGCAUGAGCAGCAGAAGCGUCGGCAGCCGCCCCUGCAAAGAGGCUUCCCCCCGCCGCUUCUCCGAGCAAGAAAGUUAA